AUGGAGACGCCAGGCGCGUUUGCCAACGCGACUUCUUUCUUGCCGUCGCCAGCGGACUUGCUCAUGGCACUACCGCGCCUGUUCUCUAAAGCCAGUUCUCUUGGCGAUAUGAUGCGCUCGGGUGGGAGCGUUAUUGCGGAACCAACAGCCAACCUGACUAACAGCACCAUGACAACUACGACCCCAGGCUUUGUACAGGAAUCCAUUGCUGCUGCGGCUUCUUCGGCGGCUACGCUUGAGGGCGAUAUGACUGUAUGGCAAGCCUUGAGGAAUGUAGCCGCCUGGUUCAGCUACAUAACUUCCAAAUGGGCCAUUGCAACCUUCGCCAUUGCAAUCAUCCUCAAUAGGACUCAUUUCUAUGGAAACAGCCGCGUUCCACUCUCUUUCGACCGCCUUUACCUUCGUUUCGCCCUUUACAUCAUGCCCCUAAUCCUGUUCCUCUAUCAAACCCAUGGCAUCCUACGAGCCAUACGAUGCCAAACAUCCCCAGGUUGGUCCAAUAUGCAAUACGGAGCAAACGGACGGCAGCUGGACACAGACUUCGGCGGCGAAGGCGGUUAUCUGUGGCAAGUCGCAUCGGCAAUGCUCUUCUGGGAGACUACCGAGGAAUCGUGCCGAGCUGCAAACAUGCUACCCGUGGAUCCAUCCACCACACGACCCUCUGGGUCACUAGCGCUUCUAUGGCCCAUGUUCGUGACCCUAGGGUUCGGUCAGUUUGUCGAUACCCUAGCCUGCGCCCUGCAAGGAAGACGCCCGAUUCAGGAAGUCGGAAUGACCAUUUUUGAACAUUCGCUCGCAUUUGCAGAGGCAGAGGCUGUGGUAACCAAACCGCUGGCGGUCGAUUCAACACGCUUCUUCAAACCAAAGUCUGUCUUCACCCCAGACGGCACCUCCCUCAUGAUUCCCAGGUCGAAGCUUUCCAAGAUGGCCAAUGUACCGCCGGAAGUUGAAGCCGUGUUCCUCAAUGAGGGAACCAAGGUCAAUGUUCACGCAAUGACAUGGCUUGAAAAACAGAGAUUACAGGAACUGCUCGCUCGACGGAGGAAAACUCGGGAGACGAUCACCGGCAUCCCAUCCGAGCUCAGGAACGAUACAUUCGCGCAUGGGAUUGAGGUAGUUGAUGAGCUUAGUGAUGUUAGAACGGAUACAUCAUCGUCAGGCUAUGCAAAAGAACGCAAGACGCGAGGUGUUACCUCCACAGAUUCUUCUAAUGCUAUAGGACAGAAUGACCCCGCCCUUCAGCAGCGCAGUCGCUAUCUCCAAACGUACCAAUUCUUCUUCCGUAUAUCGAAGUUGAUCAUCCUUAGCCUUGCAAGGAUUACGGACUGGGCUUUGACAAAAAUGGGAAUUAGCUACCGGCCUAGAUGGCUACGACGUACUGUGGGGCUCCAUAUUGAUGAUGAUGAUGACAAGAUGUAUACUUCAGCAGCCGGCACAGGGCGAUACCAGAACCAAACAAUGUCGUCAAAAGAGUCAUGGCUUACCAUGGAUGACCGGACUCGAGUCCGUCAGGAUCGAGAAUUCGACGUUGAGUUGUUCGCGAAGGAGAGACUUCGACAGAGUGGCUUUCACUCCGAACCAGAUGCUGAGGACUCUGAAGAUCGUCUCAAUGACUACCUGUAUUCUUGGUGGCGCAACGGCAGUCUCUGGAACGAGGUUGAUAACAGCAGGGACUAUGUUGUUCCGCAAGACGACGACACUACUAGCGUAGUAUCAUAUGCUACGACAACAGACAACGACGAAUGGUCAGACAUGGACGAUGGACAAAGGACACCUACGUAUGCCACAUACCAGCGGAGCCGGGAAGAAACACCUUUAGCGGACGACACAAUGGAUUUCUCCCGUCUUUCUCAACUCCUAGAUCCAAAGACUAGAGAGGAUCGGGAGGAGGCCAAGCUGCUGUCACGGCACCUUCAGAGCUCGAAUAUCAUGACACGCUCGCAGUAUCGCAGGGCUCUUGAGCGCGAAGAAACCAAGAUCCUGACAACAUCGCGCUACAAAAUGGGCGAUAGCGUCCACAUGUCUCCAGAAGAAGAGGAGCAGCUUCUGGAAGAUCUUAUUCUCAGUCGUCGGAGCGCAACUGUACCGCAGGGCGCGAGCAAUGCUGGCAGCUGGGACACGGGAGCAGAAGGUAUGGGCUCGGAGGGACCACAGUGCGUAGUUUGCCAAAUGUCACCAAGAACAGUACUGACCUUUCCCGACACCGCCACCGUCUCCCAGCAUGGACAGCGCCGUAGCGAUGACUUGCAGGACUCUCUGCAGCCUCACUCCGGUGAGCUGUGGGAAGAGCCUGGGCCACCAUCGGAUAGACGCACAUGCGAUGCGACGCGUUCAGACGAGGCCAGCAACGGAACCGUCGACGCUGUGGAGUCAGACGGACUGAAGCGCAACGCGUCUCCCUCACUGCCACCGAGGGAUAAGAUUACUGAAUAUGAGAAUGCGCUGAAGACUUCACCGCGAAAGCCUGCUGAUGGGCCCCUCUUCGAGAUUAUCAAGAGCAACAAGAAGCCUAGCGAUAAGAAUUCUCCUAUCACGAAGCUGCCCAAUGAGGUCUUGAUCCACGCUAUUGCCCACCUGUCGCCAAACGACCUUGCCGCCGUUUCCCUUGUCUCUCGCCGCUUCCACGAUGUAGUCACUACCCCACACGCCUGGCAGGUGGCCUUUGGUCGCUAUUUUCCUGGCCCGCAUUCGCUCGAAGAUGCCGCAUUCCGUUCAGCGCUCGAGGGCAAUGGCUUAGUCGUGCGGUCAGAAAAGAGACGCUUCACUAGGCUCACAGCAUUGGCUUCGUGGAGGAGCGAGUACAUUCUGCGUACCAGACUGCUGCGGUCGCUAGUUAGGGGCAAGCCUGUGCAAGUUCCUUCAACCCCGUCCCGCGCCGCUCAGAUGCAGACAGUCACCCCAAUGAUAACCUAUGAUGCCAAGACGUAUACCAUUAUCAAUCACCUACAGGCCACGUUUGGGUCUGGUCUGAAUAAGAAGAUGCCGCGCUUCAUUCAUGGUGCAGACGAUAUCGGUAUGGUAACCAGCAGCGAUCCAAUGACUGGCAAGGUCGAUCCAUGGGGACAGAGCGACCCCCACUUUUACGGUCAAUUUUCAGAACGCUUUCCUGGUGUCGCCGAGUGGGGAUUAGGCUCGGGGGAGGUCGUCGGGCGGCCCAAUGUAAUGGACAUAUCGCAGCCGUAUGGCAUGAUCUACGGCCAGGGCUGUCCAGAAGGCUCGUGUUACUACCGUUCCCUCGAGGAAAUGCGUGGUCGCUUCAUAGCUGAACCCAGCGACUUCACUUUGCCAGAGGCUGGUAUACCAAAGCUAGGCAUCGAUGGCGGCGCCAUCUGCAGCGUUUGGAUCGCCAAGUCGAGCACAAUCCCAACGCUCUCGGAAGGUUUGAUCGGAAUGAUGAUGGGCUCUGCAGCUGGUGUCGUCAGCGCCUGUAGCAUUGGCACAGAUGGUCUUCGUUCAUCUCGUGUACAGCGUGGCGAGUUGACUGCGCGCUGGGUUCUUAGUCCAGGCGUACCCAUCAUCGCUAUCGCCGUGGAUGAGCAAUACUCAGCUAAGCGCUAUGCCCAGAACCGCAUCUGGGCGGUCGCUCUGAAUGCUCUUGGCGAGAUUUUCUAUCUAACCAAGUUCCCAAUCCGCAGCCAGGCUCCCAAGGGCGACAUUGAGCAGUACUCGGAAUAUCUGGGCUGGCUCACUGGUCGCAGUGUCUACUGGAAUCUGGUAGAGCCUAGCCGACGUACUGCAAGGCCAGAUCCGUACAGCGACGCCGAUGUUGACGGUAGCUAUUCGCCCAGAACAUCAUGGGAUGGGAUGUGCUUAAGCAAGGAUCAAAUCAUUGCGGAGACAAAAGAAAUACAACAAUUCAUCCGCAAGCAACCGAAGCAUUUCCGAAAGGCCUGCCUUGGAUGGGAUAUGCGUCGAAGACUUGAGGUCGACUUUGCCGGCGAUGACGGCAAUUAUGCUGGAGAGGCCAUGGUCGUCUUCGAAUGUGGGCUUGAAGAAGGAGAUGUCACUGACGUCAAACGCUUCACCCGAUGUAAGACUAACGGCCAAGAAAAAAGUACUGGCCCCUCGAGUCACAUUUUGACGACUCAGCCCGUGCAGACUACAUCUUUGUUCGGUGGCACAGGCAUGGGAAUCCUAGAUUCUGGAAGGACUUCUCCUCGCGGGCGCAGUUCUUCAUAUAUGUCGACUGCAAGUUCACCGGAUCGAGCAAGCCUAUUCGAAGAGUGGAGGUGUUCCAAACUCACUUUCGGCGGCUUUAAGAGCACCCGACUUACUACCACUACAUUGGACGUUUCUACUUUCGCCACUUUAACCCUGUCUGAAGACCCCGCGCUCGGUUUCUCGACCUCCUCCACUGCUUCCUCGCCCUAUGCUUCACCCAUGUCUGUUGCAAGUCAGCCGGCAUCUCCAUCUGACAUUCCUGGUCAGCGCGCAAGAUUCCUAGCUGCUGGCACCAAGUCAGGUGUAGUGCUAGUUUGGGAUGUCCGGGCGCCCAUAUCGCGCUCGUCCGAGUAUAUAAACAACAUCGAUCCUGUCCGGAUCGUCUACACUGAUUCGCCAGAGAUAUCAUGCUUGGCUGUCACCUCCCUUUAUCUUGUAGCUGGUGGAAACGAUGGUCUGGUACAAGCAUGGGAUCCACUGGCCUCGAGUAUGUCGCCUAUCACAACACUUCACUCUCGGCAUGCGUCGCGUGCCCGUAGACAACUUGUACAGGCCCAAGCCUCCGUCCAAGGAGUCGGCAUCAACAUGUUUGCUGCUGGUGCUGUAUGCCUGGAUCCUGAUCCCACCGUCUUGCGAGGCGCAGUAUCGCUUGGCAACCAACUUCGAUUCUGGAGUUACAGCUCAUCUGCCGCCGAUCAGUACAGGAGCAGCAAACGUAGGCUUCGACGAGCCGAGCGUGGAAGUAAUAACACUACAGAGCGCUUUGCUGGCACGGGCAGAGUCAACUUGAAGAACUACAUCGCCAACGAGCAGUCUGAGUUAGAGCGUGAUAGGCAAGAGCGUCACAAGCAGGCCGAGCGUUUGGCUGGUCGUUUUGGUACAGAGCUGUUGAGCGAGGACGAAGCUUUGGCAUAUGCCGCGAUGCUUUCCCAAGAGACUAUGGAGGCGGAAGAAUUGCGCCGCAUUGAGCGAGAGAGCAGUGCCUUCAGCAGUGAUACUGUAACGCCAGAGCCGAGUAUCCGGGCUCAGCCUUCGCCACCUGCCAUCAAGGACGAUGAAGAACUGGAUGCCGAAAUUGCUGAAGCCAUCCGCCUUUCUCUCAACGAUAGCUCGGGCGCUGGCAUGUAUGAACCCGCCUCAACGUCACCUCCCGCGUUCGAUAUUCCGAUCAAGUAUGCCAAAGGCAAAAGGUCUCUGCCAUCACGUUCUCAAGGCAACACCCCUGGGAAGGGCAAGGCCACUGCUGGAUCGAGCAACGAGAGCGAGAUGUCAGAUUUAGAGUUUGCCAUGCAGUUAAGUCUUGCUGAAGAGCAGAGUCGGAAGGAUGCUGAAGACGCCUUCCCACCGCUUAGUCCAGCAGCUGGUAGUAAGGGUAAAGGGAGGAUGUGGUAA